ACUCAAGCGAAGGAGAUAAAAAGAGGGGGGUGGGUGGGUUAGAGUUUGGCUUGUGCACGAGCGAACCCUUCUCUACGCAACAAUAUAAUGAAUAUCCCGCCUUGUUUCUGUUUUUUUCUUAACCCUCAAUCACACUUACCAUCUUUUUUUUUUCUAUUAACAGAAUCAGAGAUCCUACAUUCCAGAAGAGGACAUUGCAAGUAUGCUACAAAUUCCUGUUAAGGAGUUGCCAAGGGAAGCCACUGUCGACACUUGGUUGAGCCUGUUGGACCGAAAAGAACAGAUCGCCCAAAAGUCCUUGUUGACGGAUUUACAAAAACAGCAAAUCCAUCUAUACGGCAGACUCAAGGGCAACAGUUUGCUGCUCGACCCAAAUGAUUUUUUCGAAUUGCUUGAGACUCUGGUCGGCAGUUGUGAAGGUGACGAGUCUAUUGGGGAUCUGGAACAGCCACAACAAUAUCAGCAACGACAGUAUGACGACGACCACGACGACCACGACGAAGAUGAAGACGAUGAUCACUGUUUCAGUGGACGCCGUCAAAACGGUCGCGUUAUGAUGAAUGGAAACGACCCCAAUGUCGCUCAUUACGAUGACGAGGAUGCCAUUGAAACCUAUGCUAACGGCAAUAACCACCCUAUCGAUCGCUAUCAAACCAGUGAGCAUAUGAAUGAUGAUGGGCAUUACGAAGACGAGGACGUGGAAGGGCAUGUAGAUGAUGGUGUCAAUGACGAAUACGACAAUAGCAUUGAUAAAGAAGAAUUGGCACAUCAACAUCAACAGCAGCAGCAACAACGACAACGGGUUUAUCAAGAUUUGCUACAACCGCCGGCUGAUUCACCCGUAUCACAGUCCAUGGAUGCUCGAUCACGCACGUCGAGAUUGCUGAACUUUACACCUGCAAGGUUCCAGAAAAUGCGUCGAGUCGAUCCUGCUGAUGAUUCAGAUGCUGAAACGGGUGGUACUCGAGGUGGAAGUUUAAACCAUCCAUCCGUAUCGCCAGUAUCCAUUGUUGGUAUCCAUGAUGAUCACGACUAUCGGGACCUGACAAGGUCAGGUGGCAUACAGAGUAGAUUCAACGCGUCGCCACAACCACAUCACAAUCUCGAACAACAUCAUUUGCGUGAUAAUACGUGGAACUUGAGGGAUAUGGUUGAUGUUGACAAUAUUCGACCCAUGGCAUCCGUGUCCGAAUCAUUACAUAGCCAGCAUCAUCACAGUAGCAGUAACUCAGUAGCACAACGACGGCUCCAAGAAACCGAACGCAGACUCGAAAAAAUUUCCCAAGAGUACGACGAACAGAUCGCUAAAUUAGAAGUCGACCUUAGUACCAUGCGCCAUGAAAUUGUCAUGCAUAAGAAAACGAUUGCAGAGUAUCAGACUCAGGAACAUAUGCGAUUGGAGCACAUUAGUGAUCUCGAAACACAAAUAGAAGAAUACGGUAGUAAGCACACAAAAAUCCGACAAACAAAUGAACAACUCAAGAACAGACUAGAAGAAAGAAAUGAGGAGGUCGCUAGGCUGCAGGAAGCACUGCAAACUGCUGCGGGCAAGCUGAAACAAGCAGAGGCCAACUUUGAACAGCUGUAUCUCGAAUAUAGUUCUCACAAAGCUGCUCGUGAGAAAACCGCCGAACUUCAGAUGCAUUUGGAUCAAGAGAUUGAAGGAAAACAGUCGUUGAUUAUGGAACUCGAGGAAAAAACAAGAGAGAACAGUCGCAUGAAGCACAUUAUUGAUGAUAUGAAGACUGAUUUGGAUGAAGCAAGACGACGCGCCGCACAGAUCGUUGUCCCAGUCAAGACUUUGAGUGAUGAACUAGGCGAAUCAUCUUCUGUUACUGGACAAGGUACCAAAGAAGUACAAACAGAGCAGCAGCAGCAGCAGCAGGUCUCGAGUGGUAGCAGUGUUGGCGACAAGGAAAAGUUGGAUUCCUUAAGAGUUGUACUUGCGAAAACCGAACAACAGCUGGAAACGUCUGAGGAACAUUUGGAGCUUAGCGAACGACGGGUCAAGGAACUUGAGGAUAAGCUGGCUGAUGUGGAACAAAAUCUGAUGAGAGGUAAACGUUUUCUCUUUUAAAGAGGGACAGCAACAGGAACUGUUAUUUGACGCAUGUCCUUUUUUUCUCUCUGAAUAAUAGUAAAACGACACCGGGAUGAUUUACAAAGGGAAAACACUCGAUUAUUUAAAGAACUACAUGAUAUUGAGAACGCGGUUGGAGCUUCCAGA